GGAGAGCAGCGAGUAUCAUUUCCUAAUGAACACACUCUCAGCCCACUAUCUGCUUAUCUCCUUCACCAAAACCCCAACUUCUCUAUAAUGGGUUUUGGAAUUUAGCCAUUGGGAUCAAUCUACCAAACAUGCCGCCCCAACAUCUCUUCCUCCUCUUGCUGCUAUCAGCCGUUCACCCUGCAACUCUUUCUGGCCUCGGGUUUCAUUUCAAUCAUUCUGGAAAUUCGAUUGUUUCCGCCAUUGUUGAGCUUGAAGAGGAUACGAAAUCGCUCCUCUCUUUCAAAUCGCACCUCCAGGAUCCAUACCACAGCCUGUCGAAUUGGGAGCAGGGUGGCUUCAACUGGACCGGGGUCACCCGGUCCAACCAGAACGGCAGAAUCACUGCACUCAAUCUCACCGGGUUCAACUUGUCCGGCCAGGUUCACCCCUCUUUAUGCAAUGUUACAUAUCUAGAAACCCUAACUUUGUCUCGAAAUAGCUUUAGCGGUUCUAUUCCAGCUUGCUUCAGCCAGUUUUUGAAUCUCAAGGCAUUAGAUCUUAGCUAUAAUGCGUUUUCUGGUAAAAUUCCUGACGCGCUUGGUAAUUCAGUCCAAUUAGUUGAUCUUGACCUGAGUCAUAACAUGUUCAUCGGUGAAAUCCCGUUGUGGAUGGGCAGUGUUUCGACGAACCUGGAAAAGCUCAAUCUUGGUUUUAAUAAUUUGACGGGUAAAGUGAGUGAUUUUCUUCAACAAAUGAAGUAUUUGAACCUUGAAUCCAAUCAGUUUGGUGGCACCUUGCCGUGCUUCUCUUCACAGAAAGAAUCACUGUCAGUUCUUAAUUUAGCUAAAAAUGCUCUAGUUGGAGGUAUUCCAACUUGUAUCUCUAACCUCAGGGUUUUAACACAGCUUAACUUAUCAUUCAAUGGUCUGAGAUAUGGAAUUUCUCCCAGAUUUGCGUUUUCAGAGAGAUUAAUAAUGAUGGAUUUGAGUUUCAAUGAGUUAUCCGGAAAUCUUCCAAGCAAGAUUGUUGAAUCACCGGAAAAGUCAAAUCUAUUGCUUAUUGAUUUCUCCCAUAACAGAUUCUCAGGCACUAUUCCUGAGUCAGUCACUGAACUGAAGAGUCUUCAAGCAUUGUUUCUUUCCAACAAUCUUCUCACAGGAGAAAUUCCAGAAACGAUUGGGAAUUUGACUUACCUACAGGUGAUUGAUCUGUCAUAUAAUUCUCUAUCCGGUUCAAUUCCGUUGAGCAUUGUUGGCUGUUUCCAGUUAUUAGCUUUGAUCCUAAGCAACAAUAAUCUUUCCGGCGAAAUCCAACCGGAACUUGACGCAUUGGACAGUUUGAAGGUUCUUGAUAUAAGCAACAACAAUAUUUCUGGAGAAGUUCCAUUGACUUUGGCAGGGUGCAAGUCUCUGGAGGUGGUGGAUUUCAGUUCCAAUAGUCUCUCUGGAGCUCUCAAUGAUGCAAUAACCAAAUGGUCUAAUUUGAGAUAUCUUUCCCUUUCUCAGAAUCUGUUCAGUGGGGUUCUUCCGAGCUGGUUAUUCACCUUUCAAGGGAUUAACACACUCGACAUUUCAGGAAACAAGCUCUCUGGCUAUAUUCCUGAUGCCAACUCUAACACUACUUUAAGUUUCAACAAUAUUGCGAGACAAGUUCCUACAAAUCCAUUAAUUUCAUUCCGUGGACUGAAUAUAAAAGUUUCAGUGUUUAUCGCUGACAGAACUGAAUUGAGCUUCAGAUAUAACAUCUCAACCAUGACUGGAAUCGAUCUGUCUGAUAACUUGCUGCAUGGUGGAAUUCCAGAGAGUCUGUUUGGUUUGCACGGAUUGGAGUAUUUGAAUCUGUCGCGCAAUUUUCUUGAUGGUCAAAUACCUGGGAGUAUAGAGAAGAUGCAGAGUUUAAAGGCACUGGAUUUGUCACAUAAUUCAUUGUCUGGACCAGUUCCUGAAAAUAUAUCCAGCCUUGGGAACUUGACAGUUUUGGAUAUGUCUUUUAACUGUUUCUCUGGGAUCGUUCAUUGGAAGCAGGGGUAUUGGAGAUUUUCAGGGGCAUUUUCCGGGAACCCAGACCUCUGUGUGGAGUCGUCUAGUGAUGGAUGUGUGAGAGGAAACACUGAAGUGAAACACAGAAUGAGUUUUGAAGAUAGGGAUGAUGGACCGGUUUCAGUUUGGGCGUUUUGUCUUAGUACUUUUGUUAGUUUUUAUGUUUGUGUCAUUGCGCUGUUCUGUUCGGGCCUAACAAGAAACUACAUUCUGCAGACAAAGGUCUGAUUUAUGUAUUAUAUGUGUAUGUGACUAUAGAAGUAGUUUCACGUGUUUCAUUGUACAGUACUACAGUAGGCUAACUUUAAUCAUAAAUGAUGGAAUUACACGAAUGUCAUUUCUAUGCCAAAAGGCUCAAAACAAAGAACAAAAGGGAAAGAGCCUUGUUUCUUCUUUUUUCUUUUUAUGUUCUUACUCAGAACAGAGAGUUAACUGGCCUUAAGUCCAUUAGUUACACUGUUAGAGUGAGGACCUACUUGUACUAAAUGACAUUGGUAUUCCCGAGU